AUGGACGAGGGCAAUGUAUGUAAAAGAAGCGGUGGCAAACGGUCAUCAAACAGUUUCCGGCUGCGAGGUUCCGAAAGCUACACAUGGCGAAGGCCAGUCAACGAACAUUCCGCAGACCCGGAAACAACAAACCCCGACCUCUGUUGGGAGAGCGAAAAGAGAGACAAGAUUCUGUUUGUUGCUCUCUCCUCGUGA